UGGAGCUACCAGUGCCUAUAUAAAGGGAAACCGGUACCGCCGAAUUGUUAAAACUGUAACAGAAGCGGCCCGCGAUGCUAGCGCUCCUCGUCGUCGUUCUCCUGGUGCUGAUUCUGGUUUGCGUGCUCGACACGAGGAAGCCGAAGGGUUAUCCACCAGGUCCGAAGUGGUGGCCGAUCGUCGGCAAUUACCUGCAGUUCCGUCGCCGACUGACCGUUCUCGGUUACCACCACCUGGUGCACGAGGAGUUUUCGAGAACCUACGGACCGGUGGUGUGCUUUAAGAUGGGGAGGAAUAUUGUCGUUACCGUUUCGGGAGUGGAAGCGAUCAGGGAGGUGUUGACCAGGGACGAGUUCGACGGACGUCCCGACGGCUUCUUCUUUCGGUUGCGUACGUUUGGAAAACGGCUCGGUAUCGUAUUUUCCGACGGUAAACUAUGGCAACGUCAGCGGAAGUUCUCCUUGCAACAUCUGAAAAAUUUCGGUUUCGGUAAGCGUGAAAUGGAAGCGAAAAUCGCCGAGGAGACGAGAGAUCUAAUUGAAGACCUGAGGAAGAAGUCGUCCGACUUGGUCUUCAUGCACAACGCAUUCGACGUCGGCGUGCUGAACGUGCUAUGGACAAUGAUGGCCGGCGAAAGAUUCACCUUGGACGACGUCAGACUGAUCAAGCUGCUCCAGAUCGUCCACGACGCCUUUCGACUGUUCGACAUGUCCGGCGGAUUGCUGAACCAGUUACCCGUGCUGAGGUUUCUGGCGCCCGGCUGCUGCGGCUACACCAAGACCGUGGAGAUCCUGAAGCGAAUGUGGCUGUUUCUCGAGGAGACCAUCGCCGAGCAUCGCAAGACCGCCUGCUCGUCGCACUCGCGCGAUCUCAUCGACGCGUUCCUGCGGGAGAUGCAGAUCACUUCCGAUUCCGAUUCGGGGUUUACCGACGAGCAACUGCUCUCACUUUGCCUGGAUUUGUUCAUGGCGGGCUCGGAGACGACCAGCAAUACUCUGGGUUUUGCCGUUCUGUACAUGGUAAAGUAUCCAGGGGUUCAGAAGCGAGUCCAGGAGGAAAUGGACGAGGUUGUUGGGAGGAAUCGCUGGCCUACAAUGAACGAUAAAAUAAACCUACCAUACACCGAAGCGGUUUUAAUGGAGACGCAACGUUUGGCCAACGUGCCUCCACUUGGAGUUGCGCAUCGAGCGACCCGCACUACGAACCUGUUCGGGUAUACCGUUCCCGAAGGAGCAAUAGUACUGACGAGCCUCUACAGCAUACACAUGGAUGACGCCUUCUGGAAGGAUCCCAAAGAAUUUCGACCGGACCGAUUUCUAAGAGACGGAAAAGUCACCUGCCCCGAAUGGUCUUUCCUCCCAUUUGGUUAUGGUAAAAGACGAUGCCUGGGAGAAUCGCUGGCGAAGACGAACUAUUUCCUCUUCUUCACGGCGAUGUUGCACAACUUUUUCUUGCAUAAGGACCCGGAUACGACCGAAGUUGUGACUGACGGCUGCGACGGCGUGACCAUUUCGCCCAGACCGUUUAGGGUAAGGCUCGCGUCGCGAAUAACAUACAUUGGAGUCAAAAUAAUGACGGCAAAGUCAAUAUCAGACAAUUGCGUGUUAAAUUUCGUAAUAAUUACGCAGUUCAAAAUCUUAUCUUAUCUACCCGGAAGGUCGCCCCUGGUGCCGCAUCGAUUUUUGCUCAAUAUAUUUAAAAUGUGGUUUAUACUUCUAAUUGUGAUCAUCGGUCUGCUGUACUUAAAUUCGAGGAAACCGAGAAACUUUCCUCCCGGUCCGGCAUGGCUGCCAAUUAUCGGUUGUGGUCUGGAACUGAACCGGUUGCGCCAGAAGACCGGUUCCAUGUCGAAGGCGUCCGGAUUGCUCGCGGCGCAGUAUGGGCCGGUGGUUGGAGCGCGGGUUGGUGUUGAUCGCGUAAUCUUCGUCUGUGGACCGAAGGAGUAUCGAGAGUUCUCGGCCAGGGAGGAGUUUAAUGGAAGGCCUAGCGGCAUUUUUUAUACGAGCCGGACCUGGGGCAAGAGGAGAGGGGUUCUAUUUACUGACGGUGAGUCCUGGGAGGAGCAGAGGGCGUUUAUCAUGAAGCAUCUGAAGGAAUUUGGAAUGGGAAAGAAGAGCAUGUGCGACAUGAUUGAAGGGGAAUGUCGAGCGAUGCUCAACGACAUUGGAAAAAAGAUUGACGACGGUGGAGGGGAAUGUGUUUUGAGGGUGGACAACAUGUUUGGUGUUUACGUACUAAACACGCUAUGGACCAUGAUGAGCUCUAGAAAACAUAGUCCAGAUGACGCGCAACUAAAACAGCUGCAGCAUUUAAUGGCAGAUCUAAUAUCCAACAUCCACAUGGAUGGUGCACUAUUCAGUCAUUUCCCAAUCUUACGAUAUAUCUGCCCUCAGUACUCCGGAUACAGCAGCUUUGUUAACAUCCAUCAGCAGACCUUGGAAUUCGUUCGUGGCGAAGUAGAAGAGUGCAAGAAAAGUUUCGAUUCAUCAGAUCACCGUAGCUUCAUAGAUGCCUAUUUGGACAGAUUAAGAUCUCCAGGUAGCAAAACCAGCUUUUCCGAGGACCAACUGUUGGCCAUCAGCUUAGAUCUCUUUAUUGCCGGAACUGAAACAUCUUCCAAAUCCUUGGCUUUUGCUUUCCUCUACCUCACCCUCAACCCCGACAUCCAAUCAAAAGCCCAAGAAGAAAUAGACGCAGUCGUUGGACGCCACCGACUGCCAACCAUGGAGGAUCGGUCACGGUUAAAGUACGUAGAAUCUGUGGUUUUGGAGUCGAUACGGAUGUUUGCUGGCCUAGUGCUUUCCAUACCACACAGAACCCUAAAAGACACGCACCUCAAUGGAUACUUCAUACCGAAGGACACAAGUAUCAUUGGAAGUCUGCGAAGUGUCGUGAUGGACGAGGCUUCUGGUUGGACAAACCCGGAGGCCUUCCAACCCGAGCGCUUCAUUAAGGAUGGUCGAGUCCAAAUCCCAGAGAACUACAUCCCCUUUGGUUUGGGCAAACGUAGAUGUUUGGGGGAGGCUUUGGCGAAGGCUAACGUUUUCUUGUUCGUCGCGGGCCUUCUGCAACAAUUUAACUUUUCCAUUGCGCCGGGUAAGCCCCCUACGGAGGAAAUCGUCGAUGGAUUAGUUCCUGCUCCCAAACCUUUUGUCGCGUUGAUUACUAGGCGAUAAUGCCCCGUGCUCCUGAUGCCCAUUUCUAGAAAGUACCAGGAGCAUAGAAAGUUUGAGCUUUAUUACAGCCCAAAUAUCUCUUUAGUAUCACAUAGUAGUAAUAAUUGUAAGUUACAGAUCAAUUUUAUUAUUUACAGGAUAAUUGUGGAACAGAGCAUCCACUUAUUAUAUUCUCCUGAUCCUGCUCGUAAACAUUAAGUCCGCUAAAGGCAAAUAAAGUGUUUUCUUUCCCA